CGAGAAACAUACAAAGGAUCGGAAAACAAACAAAAGUAAAAAUGUGUUCCUUCAAUCUUAUUACCACCAUGCAAUUCACAUGCAAAAUUGCAAUCUUUCUUGCAACAAUUCUGUGUCUCUCUCUAGCAAAUGCAGAGACUCAUCACCACCAAUUUGUUGUUCAAUCAACACCAGUGAAGAGGCUGUGCAAAACUCACAAUAUAAUCACGGUCAACGGGCAGUUCCCGGGCCCCACUCUGGAGGCGAGAGACGGCGACACCCUCGUCGUCAAAGUCAUCAACACUGCUCGUUACAACGUUACCAUUCACUGGCACGGGAUUCGGCAGAUGCGAACGCCUUGGGCUGAUGGGCCCGAGUAUGUGACUCAGUGCCCGAUUCAGCCCGGGGCCAGCUACACCUACCGAUUCACCAUUGAGAAUCAAGAUGGAACUCUGUGGUGGCACGCACAUAGCAAAUGGCUUAGAGCCACAGUCUAUGGAGCCCUCAUUAUUUACCCCAAACUAGGUGUUCCCUACCCUUUCCCCAAGCCUAACAAAGAGCUACCUAUACUACUUGGAGAAUGGUGGGAUAGAGACAUCAUCAGUGUCCUACGGCAGGCGAUUUUCACCGGCGCGGCGCCCAACGUCUCCGAUGCAUACACCAUCAACGGCCAGCCAGGAGACCAAUACAGAUGCUCAUCCAAAGAAACUACUAAAUUCUACGUCAAAUCCGGGGAGACACUACUCCUGAGAGUCAUCAAUGCCGCACUCAAUCAAGAACUCUUCUUGACCGUCGCCAACCACAUGCUGACCGUGGUCGGAAACGACGCCGUUUACAACAAACCAUUCUCCACCAGAGUCAUCAUGGUCGGCCCGGGCCAGACCACCAACGUCCUGCUCACCGCCGACCAGCCCGCCGGCCGCUACUACAUGGCGGCGCGUGCCUACCACAGCGCGCAGAACGCGGCGUUCGACAACACCACCACAACCGCCAUCCUCGAGUACACCAAGGGCGCAACCUCGCGGCCGCUGCUGCCGGCGCUUCCACGGUACAACGACACGAACACGGUGACCGCGUACACGAGCCGGCUGCGGAGCCUGGCGCCGGAGAAGAACAAGGUCCCAACUCACAUCGACGAGAAGCUCUUCUUCACGGUGGGGUUAGGGCUGGUGAACUGCACCCCGGGCCCCCGGUGCCAGGGGCCGAACAACACGCGCUUCGCGGCCAGCAUGAACAACGUGUCGUUCGUGCUGCCGCGGAGAAACUCACUCCUGCAGGCCUACUACAGCGGGAACGCGCAGGGCGUGUACACGGUGGACUUCCCGGGCGUGCCCCCGGUGGCGUUCGACUACACGGGCAACGUGAGCCGGGGGCUGUGGCAGCCUCGGCGCGGGACGAAGCUGUACAGGCUCAAGUACGGGUCGAGGGUGCAGAUCGUGUUGCAGGACACGGCCAUCGUGUCGACGGAGGACCACCCCGUGCACCUCCACGGCUACCACUUCCACGUGGUGGGGCAGGGGUUCGGCAACUUCAACCCGAGCAGAGACGCGGCGGGUUUCAACCUCGUGGAUCCGCCCGUGCGCAACACCAUCAACGUACCCGUCGGUGGCUGGGCCGUCAUCCGCUUCGUCGCCGACAAUCCGGGAGUUUGGCUGAUGCAUUGCCACAUCGACUCCCAUCUCUCGUGGGGAUUCGCGAUGGCGUUCGUGGUGGAGAACGGAAAGGGGAAGUUGCAGUCGGUUGAGGCGCCGCCGCCUGAUCUACCGCCGUGUUAGGAUCAGUAUUUUCGAGAAAUUAGUCGUUAUUUGUUGUUGAUGAUUCUAUUGUGUGCAUUUAUUUCAUUCAUACAAGUGUUGAGGAAAUGUAUCUCCAUUUGAUAGUGUAUUAAUUAUUGUUGUUUCCGGAUGCAUUAUAUUUUUAUGUAUACAUCAUUAAUGUAUACUAUAAUUGAUCCAUUCUUUAAAUUAAAGAAGCGAUCCAUUAGUAGUACUUGUAAAAGAAGCGAUCCGAUCCAUUAAUAUAUAUAUUGAUGUGU